AUGAGCAUGGGCGAAUUGUAUGCUAAGACCAGAGAGAAACAACAAUUCAUAGAAGAAAAUGGCUACACAUACACUUCCAUCUGGGAGUGUGAUUUUAAGAGAGAUAUGGCGAAGAAUGAAGACAUGAAGAAGUACAUACAGAGCCUUGAAUUGGUUAGCCCUUUAGAACCUCGAGAUGCCUUCUUUGGUGGUCGUACAGAAGGAUUUCAAUUGUAUGAAGAAUCAUCACCCGCAAAACAAAUCAAGUACUAUGACGUCACCUCACUAUAUCCAUUUGUUAACAAAACAGGAAAAAUACCUGUUGGGCAUCCACAAAUUUUUACAGACAAUUUCCAAGACAUCGAAAAGUAUGAAGGUCUCAUUAAGUGCAAAGUUCUGCCUCCUCACGGAUUAGAUAUACCAGUUCUACCAAUGAAGUGUCGCGGUAAACUCAUGUUUAGUUUAUGCCGUACGUGCAGCGAAAACCUCCAACAGGGGCCGUGUCAGCAUAUGGAAAGCGAGAGGGCAUUUAUUGGUACUUGGGUGACUGAUGAGCUAAAAGAGGCAUUGUCGCAGGGCUAUACACUACAAACCAUUUAUGAAAUCUGGCAUUUUGACGAUGUAUCACAGUAUAAUCCUGAAACGAAAACAGGAGGCUUGUUUACCAAGUAUGUUAACACCUUCUUAAAAGUGAAGCAACAAGCGAGUGGCUGGCCAGAUUGGUGCAUCGAUGAAAAUACCAAACAGAAGUAUAUUGAACACUAUCAUGAGAAGGAGGGCAUCCUUUUAGACUAUAACAAGAUUGAGAAAAAUUCUGGAUUGCGCUCGCUUGCCAAGCUGAUGCUGAACUCAUUCUGGGGUAAAUUCGGUCAACGAACAAAUUUGACUCAAACAUCUUACAUAGCAGACCCUACUGAGUUUUUUGACAUGAUGACCUCCGAUCAACAGAAGGUGAAAAACGUGCAAUUCGUCAACAACGAAUCUAUCAAAUUGGAAUGGGUACAUAACGAUGAAUUCAUUGAGGCCUCUGCGAGAACCAAUGUGAUUAUAGCGGCCUAUACAACAGCACAGGCACGACUCAAGCUCUACAGUUAUUUGAAACCUUUGGGAAAACGCGUUCUGUACUGUGACACGGACUCCGUGGUGUUUACUACGGCACCAGGUCAAUGGGAACCACCGCUCGGUGAUUACCUCGGUGACCUCACCGACGAAGUUCCGAAUAACAGCAUUACAUCCUUUGUUACGGGUGGUCCUAAAAAUUAUGCGUAUAAACUUGCCUUUCCCAACAAACAUGGAAAAAUGUCAAUUUGUAAAGUACGUGGCAUUACACUGAAUUAUAAAAACUCUCUAGACAUUAACUAUCAAACUGUCAAAGCAAUGGUAACUGGGAAGGGUGACGAAUGUGUUACUGUUGUGGACGAAAAUAAAAUUGUAAGGAAUCCCUCAACCGGACAUGUCAUAACAAAGCGCGAAACCAAGGACUACAGAAUCGUUUUCGAUAAACGCGUUAUUGCUGACAAUUAUAACACAUAUCCAUAUGGCUAUUAA